GGGGUGGUCUGGUUUGAGAACAAGAGAAAGGAGGGUGUGUGCAAAUAUGUGUGUAUGGAGGACAUUGCUAUAUAUUCAGACUUAAGAGGAAGGCACACCUUCCUCAGCUGGCACAGUACAGAUGUAGCGCUUGGGGGAGGAACAAGAGGAGAAGUCACAGAGAGAAAGUGAAAUGAGAGAAGACGGGAUGACAGGACAGUAGCUGAAUUUUGCUCCACAAUAAUCAUCAUCACACUAUUAUUAGCAUCUCAGAAAGGAUUUCAUCCUUCAUGAUGAAGUAGCCUCAGACCAUCCAAGUCAGUGGACUGAGAAAGAAGUGGAAGUGAACAGGGGACUAAUCCACUACUGGGUCCUGAAUCUUAAGACAAUUGUCCCAGUGCAGGAGUUUGGACAUUUUGCUUCUGGACCAAAUUGCACCAAGUAUUGGAACCUCCAGUGAUUUUAAUGGCAAAGGAUUUUAUAUUAUUAAACCAAGGAGACGGUUGCACAGAUGUCAGAUGCAGACUUCCUCACCUCCCCCUCGCCUUCUCCCCCUCCUCUCUUCCACUGCGACUACAGCGACUGGUCUCCCUCCUUCUCCAUCAUCCCGUCCGUCUACCUGCUGGCCUUCCUGGUCGGUUGCCUCGGCAACAGCCUGGUGCUGUGGGCCUACCUGGACCGAGCCGAGGGGAGGGGAACGGGGACCGGAGACAAAGCUGGAAUGGGAAAGUUCUGUUGCACUGGCAUUUUCAGAACCAGUCAGCAGAACGUUAGCAGUGCUGGUAGAGUUCACCACACGUCAUUUCCUCAGAAGAACAAGGAAAACUCAGGACAAAGCUGCAGACCCUCCUCUCACUCCUCCACCUCCUCCUCUUAUCCUCCCUCCAUCCCUCGUCCCUCCCGCUCACUGACAGACUCUCUAAUAGCCAGCUUAGCGUUAGCUGACCUCUGCUUCCUUGUGACUCUCCCUCUGUGGGCGGUCUACACAGCGAUGGGCUACCACUGGCCAUUUGGGCAACCCCUCUGCCAAAUCAGCAGCUUCCUCACUGCACUCAACAUGUAUGCCAGCGUGUUCAGCCUGAGCAUGCUCAGUGUGGAGCGGUACUGGGUUCUGACUGGACGCCGGCACUCCAGCCACCAUGCCCCACAGAGGUGCCCCAGCAGGGCUUUGUGGAUACUUGGAGGGGUGUGGGUGCUGGCGGGGGUGCUGGCACUUCCUGGUUUGCUGCUGCGCUCUGUCAGGGAGGUGGAGUUAGACCCUGAAUCUGAGGAUGAUUGGCAGCUAGAGCCAAUUCAUCCUACGGACUCUGGAUCAGUCUUCCUCUCCUGUCAGAUGGAUUACUCCAUGCUCAUUGGAGCAGAGCUAGAGGAGACAGAUCGAGAGAGGGCGGAGAUGUGGUGGACGGCCGCUUUGAGUCUUAAAUCAACUCUUAUUGGCUUCCUACUUCCUCUUGUCAUCUUGCUGGUCUGCUACUGCUCAUUGGCCCAGCUCCUCAGCAGACAUUUUGGACGGGGCCCUCGUCCUGACCGCAGGCGCCAGCGAAGACUCCUCAGGGUCAUUGUCACUUUAGUGAUGGCUUUCUUCCUGUGCUGGCUGCCGCUGCAUGUUAAUAAGACUGUUUCCAUGCUGCUGGAGUUUGGUUUUGUCCCAUACUCCUGCUCUUUAGAUCAGCUUUUACUGGCUGCUCACCCAUAUGUCACCUGUUUAGCUUAUCUCAACUCCUGCCUUAACCCUCUCCUGUACGCUGCCUGUGACCCGACAUUCAGGAAGAGAUGCAGAGGGGCUCUUCUCAUGUUGUGCAGCAGAGGUGGAGAGGGAAGGGAGGGAAAGAAAGACAAAGGAGAGGAAGGGAAAGAAGAAAGGAGCUCAGCUUUUCCCACGCGAACAGAGGAGGGAGAAGAGGAGAGGGUAGGGGAGGUGGGUGGGGAUGAUUGCUGAGGAGUGAGAGGCCACAUGAAUCAUGGCUCAACACCCAAAAAGAUAACUGUUAAUCCAGUGAUUUCACACUGAGGAACCAGGACAUCAAGUCGUUUUGUUUGUUGACAAUAAAGCAGCAUUGUAUGUUUUUUCAGCAGUUUUUCAGUGUUGUUGGAGACAAUAGACUGAAUUCCAAAGUGGCCUAAACUCAGACUCUUGAUGAAACUGUAUCAGAUAUCAAUAUUUUCAAAAUAAACAUCUUUAUCAAAUGAA